UUCAGAAGCUACUGAGCUUCUCUAUUGGGUUCCAGGGAGCAGCCUCGCUUAUUAUCUAUAUGGGAUUGUUGUUUAUUUGGUCGGCUGACAUUAUUAAGUUUCUUACGCCGGCCGAUUGGAUAGAUACAACUAAGCAAAAUGUCAUUAUUUAUGCAGUCUCAGGAUUGAUUGUACUAGUCUGUGGUAAACAUGCAAUAAAGCGGCCUGGAAAGGACAGUAAAGUCAUUACGACUUUAUCAGCUCUUUGCAUUGCAGUUUUAUUUGGGAUAGUCUUAUCUAUGCUUUUGCUUAUUAUUUUCAAUCCUAAUACUGCUAGUAAUACGCCUGAGACCUUUACUUCAGAGUCAGUAAAGGGUUUGGCUGCUGGAGUGCACUUCCCAAGCUUGAGUUUCAUAAGUGGAACGGCCUCAAUGUUGUUUGCCCUUUGCUCCCAUCAAAACAUUCCUAUCUACCAAUCUAAAAUGCAAGCUAAACGUAAACGAACCUUAGUAUCAGUGGCUUUUGGGGCUCUAGUGAUUAUGGGUCUCUUCUUUUUGGGAAUUGGAGCUAUUGGAUACUUUGUGGUGUACAACCCGGUUAAUGCCAGUAAUCCGUCCUACUCACCUAAAGAUAUCUUAAGUGAACUCAGCCAAAUACUCUCUGAUCCUUCCGGUUCCAAAGUCAAUAGCUCGUUACAAUCUAUCUUCAAAUGGUUAAUCGCUGGCAUUAAACUAUCUAUGUUCCCGGUGCUAAUCAAUGCUUUCAUGUGGCAGAGCAUAACAUAUCGAACCGUGCUUUUGAGCGCAUUAAAACGCCCGAUCAAGAAGCAUACUGGUCAAAGUGAUAAAAGCUCUGGUGUAAUAGUGACGGCUGGAAUUAUAAUUACAGCAAUUACAUUCCUUGUGGUCUUAUUGCCAAUCAACCUAAAUGACGUAAUUGUCAUUGUGGGUGGCGCAGCUACGUCAUUUAUCGUCCUAUUCGUUCCAGCCUAUCUUAUUAUAACUAAGAAAAUCAAAAAGUCAGAUAAGCUUGCUUGGUAUGAUUGGGUUGCAGCUGCUAUUCUUUUAUCGGCCUUUGUCGGUCUGUUUUCAUACGUUGUUAUAUAUGGAACAAUCGAGAAAGUAGUUGCUGCUACUAAUGUGUCUGCAGCACCAAAAAUGCCCCAAGGCCAAAUAACAUAG